CUUGUCUGUUCUUAAGGUGAAAGGCACAUGUCUGUGUUUUAGAUGGGUUGGGGGAUCAGCUGGUUUUCCCUGUAAUAGGCAGUAAAAGCACCUAGAGCUUCGGAGAGCUUCUGUUCUACCAUCUCAAAGCUCCCUGCUUGAGCGGUAAUGGCAUGAUCAUCAGUAUAGAUGAAACUCUCUGUCCCUUCUGGCAUCUAAUUCCAAUCCCCUCUGUUCUCCCAACCGGGGAAUCACCAUCCUGUCCCAACAUCCCCUCUGUCUGAGCACCUCCAGAAGCAUCAGGCUCUAUACCCCCAAAACCCUCAUCAUCAUUAUCAUCAGCUGGUGAACUACAACACUAACAUACAAGAAUAUCUCAUCGUUCCAGCUCAGACAACUCAGAGACUAUUAUAGUAAAAAUGCCUUAAAAAUGAUUCCUAAUACAUCUAAAAAGCAGAUGUGUGCUUUCCAUCUUUAGAACAGACAGGCAUCUAGAGCUCUGAGGAUUACCUGGGAAGGAAUCCCACUGGAACAUUGCAACACACCCAAAUACCUGGGAGAGAUCCUGGACCAAAUACCUGGGAGAUAUCCCCACAAUUGAAAGAUCUAAAAAUGGUUGAUCAUUUUCUCAAGAGGGGGCCUCAAUGUGAUGUGGCACAACACACAUUUUAGUGAAAACAUGAAUACUGCGAAUAUUUUACCUCCCUGUUCUGCAACCACAGAUUCUGUCUGCUGCUACUUGAUCUGUAAUUUUUUUUAAAAAAACUGUUCUCAGCAAUUGGUUUUCUUUAUGACUAAUUCUUCUUACCAUCACCACCACAACAUCAUAAUACAGUCAUGUGGUUUUCCAUCAUCCAGCAGACCUAUCAACUCUUUGGUUCAGAAUUGUCUGAUUAAUACAGGUGACAGGCUAGAAUUGUCAGCCGCAGAAUUUCUACUCUCUUUGAGAUAGAGGUUUCUGAAAAAUGACCUGGAUCCUUGCUGUAUAUUUUCUCAUCUGUUUCUCAGGAACUUCAGCUGCAGAAGAAAGCAUAGUUAAACAUGAGCUAAUGGUUAUCAUUGCUGUGGAAGGCGAUUCUGUCAAUAUGACAUGUGACUUUAACCAUCUAGAACUGAUAGAUGUAUAUUUGAAGCGAACCCUAGGGAAGCCCAUGAAUGUGAUAUAUGCUACAGCAUAUGGAAAAGACAAGAACGAAGCUCCUGAAUAUAAAAAUCGUACACAAUACUUUCAGCUGAACAACACAGUGAUGAUUACACUACAACAGGUGAAGAAGAGUGAUAGUGAUGCAUAUGUGUGUGAAGGAGCCCUGCUAAGAAACAAGCAGCCUCAUAUAGUGAAUAGCAGCAGUAUCAUUUUAGCAGUGAAAGAAAAGACAGAGGAUUCCUCAUCUCCCUGGAUGUUGUAUACCCUCAUCUUCCUGUCGUUGCUGGUAGUUUUUAUACUGGGAUGCUUUUUUCUCUCUCAUAUAAAUGUCAAGAAAUACUGCAGAAAAGGAAAGGGACAGGAAUUGCAAAAUAUAGUCUACGAAGAUAUGACUUGCAACCUGAGACCCAACACAAUAGCUAGAUCAAAUCUGUAUAGUGCAACAUGAAUAAUAUUGCUGAAGGCUUCUGGAAUUCCUAUUUAUCCUCCUAUUUGUUUUGAGAUUUGCAAUUCAUUUUGGGAGGUUUAUCCAAAUGUGUUUAAUCGAUGCACUGGUUAAUAUAUUCAGUGCAAGAGUAUUUUCACACCAUGCAAUUAUAGCAUCUUGAUUUCACUUUAACGGCUGUGGUUCUAUGCAGUGGUAUCCUAUCCUGGGAUUUGCUGAGGGUUAUUUAGGGUCCUCAGUCAAGGAGGGGUUAGUGUGUGUGUGGCUCUGAGCAAGCCAAAAUGACUGUGCAUUCCCUAUACAGACAAGGCAAUUAAAAUGAAAUAAUUGUGCUAUAAUUACAUAGUGUGAAAAGGCCCUUCAUCUGUAUUGGCUGAUGAGAAUUUGAUGCUCAAAAUGUACAUUCUGAAGAGAUUUUUAUGCUUCAAACUGUAUGGAGGUUCUAUAGCUCAAGAACUCUUUCCUUGUAUAGACUAUUUUUUUAAAAAAGUGAUACCAUUCUUAUGACACUCUGGGCCCUUCCAGACAGGCUCUAUAUCCCAGGAUCAGAUCCCACGUUUUCUGUUUAUCCCAGAUUAUCUGGCAGCGUGGACUCAUAUAAUCCAAUUUAAAGCAGAAAACCUAGAAUUGGAUCCUGGGAUAUAGGGCUUGUCUGGAAGGGGACUAUGUCUUUGCUAUGUUUUUUUAAAAAACACAUGAUGCGUUACUGACAGCAUUUAAUUUUGCAUUUAAGAGAGAUAGUGAAAUAGUUACUAUGGGUUUAAACUGUAUAAUUCUUUCUGGUGAUUUAGACAUGCUUGAUUUGAAAACACAAUCAUUGUGCUGGAAUGAGAUUAGAAACUAUUACAUAUAGGAUAUUUACUGGGUUUAUCUAAUAAAAUUUUAAAUAUCUCUACAUUAUUA